UGCCACUGUACUUCAACCUGGGUGACAGAGUGAGACCCUGUCCCCACAAAAAAUAAAAACAACACAAAUUUCCCAAGAGUGACUGAGGCUGAGAGCUAGGCAAGCUGGGAUGAAGGCUGUGCUAUGUACCCACAGACAAAUGACUUCGCCUUUCUGAGCUGGCCUCCUCACCUGUGAAUGGCAUGACCUCAUGGGGUUGCUCUGAGGAUGAAAUACAGUGUGACAUGCAGAUGGGGAAACUGAGGGCUGCAGAGGUUAAUCAGCUGAAGGACACAGGCCUACACAUCACAUCUGGUAUAUGGCCAACUGGAUCCUGGACUGAAGCCAUGUGAUGCCAACACCCGUGGCCCAAGCACCUUUGCUGUACUGUUUUAUUGGUUCAUUUCUGGUUUAUAGGUCUACACUCCCUCCCAUGGCCCAGGUGAACUAUGAACCUUCUGGAAGUAGGGCUGUGAUCCCUUCAUCCCGGGAUGAGCCCAGUCUGGCAGGAGACGCUCAAGAUGUGCUAAGUGUGGGUGUGAGUGGGGCCAAGGGUGACUGGCAUUUGGAGGGGACACUGAGCUUAUAUUUCCAGAGGGUCACAUAGCAGCACCCGGGGAGGCUGGGAUGUCUUCAGCCCUCCAGAGGCUACCAGGCUGCUCCCACAGGUGCACUGGGAGAAAGUGGCAGCCUUGCUGGGCAGUGUGGCUCUAAGACAAAUCUCUGGCUCCCCUACUCUCUGCUGGCAGAAAACCUGUCCCAGCCCCAGGACCCAGGAGUCCCAGUUCCUAAGUCACCCCCCAAGGAGUCCUUGCUCCCCUUUUCCCACAAGCCAAGAGUCCCAGCGCCCACCCUUCUCCUAUUUUUCUAGAACCCAGGUAAGUAGCCCCCAGUCCCCCAAGACUCAGGGGUCCUGACCCCCAGCCAGAGGUGCACGGACCCACCUGACACCGGCCAGCCACAGCUGAUGUGCACGGCCCCUUCUACCUCCGAACUCAGUGAGGCCAGGGCAAGGCAGUCCUGACGGCAAAGAAGCGGCGGCUACCUCAAUGUAGGAUCUGCACACAGUAGGUGCUCAGUUAACUGGCCGGGCCAUUUGCAACCACAGCAGGAUGGGCCAGUGCCCCCCACCCAGGUGGAAGCGACUCUCCCUCGACCCCGCCCGGCCAUUCAGGCAGCCUGGGAGCGCCCCGGCCUCUCCCGCGGCCCCGCCCCUUCACCUGUGUCGCCCGCACACCUGAAGCCGCCUCCGGAAGAGGGGACCGGAGACCGCGGGGACCUCGGAGGGAGCCCGGCGGCUUCGGUCACCUGUCCCCGCAGAUGCUGCAGGUGACAUGAGUUCUCCAGAUGGGCCCAGCUUCCCGUCGGGGCUGCUCUCGGGGGGCGCCUCUCCCAGCGGCGACGAAGGCUUCUUCCCCUUUGUGCUGGAGCGGAGGGACUCAUUCCUGGGAGCGGGCCCAGGGCCUGAGGGGCCCGAGGACCUAGCCUUACAGCUGCAGCAGAAGGAGAAAGACCUGCUAUUGGCGGCGGAGCUCGGCAAGAUGCUUCUGGAGCGAAAUGAGGAGCUGCAGCGGCAGCUGGAGACGCUGAGCGCCCAGCACUUGGAGUGUGAGGAACGGCUCCAGCAGGAGAACCAUGAGCUCCGGCGAGGCCUGGCAGCCCGAGGAGCCGAGUGGGAGGCCAGGGCCGUGGAGCUGGAGGGGGACGUGGAGGCCCUGCGGGCCCAGCUCGGGGAACAGCGCUCGGAGCAGCAGGACAGUGGGCGAGAACGGGCACGGGCCCUCAGUGAGCUCAGCGAGCAGAACCUCCGGCUCAGCCAGCAGCUCGCUCAGGCCUCCCAGACUGAGCAGGAACUUCAGAGGGAACUGGACACCCUUCGGGGACAGUGCCAGGCUCAGGCACUGGCUGGGGCAGAGCUGAGGACGCGGCUGGAGAGUCUGCAGGGGGAAAACCAGAUGCUGCAGAGCCGCCGGCAGGACCUGGAGGCCCAGAUCCAAGGCCUGCUUGAGGAGGUGGAGAAGGGCCAGGGCCGACUGCAGACCACGCACGAGGAGUUGCUGCUGCUGAGGCGGGAGCGGCGGGAGCACAACCUGGAGCUGGAACGCGCACGGUCCGAGGCCGGGGAGGCGCUGAGCGCGCUGCGGAGGCUGCAGCGGCGCGUCUCCGAACUGGAGGAGGAGUCACGCCUCCAGGACGCCGACGUGUCAGGUGCCUCGUUGCAGUCAGAACUGGCCCACAGCCUCGAGGACGGCGACCAGGGCCAGAGCGCCGAAGCACGCAGAGACACCCCGACCACCCGGUCCCCAAAGACCCGAGAGGCGUCCAGUCCCCAGCCUUCACCCCCGGAAGAGAGCUUAGAGCCCCCCAGGAAGCGAACAUCCCUCAGCCCAGCGGAGAUACUGGAGGAGAAGGAGGCGGAAGUGGCCAAGCUGCAAGAUGAGAUCUCGCUGCAGCAGGCAGAGCUGCAGUCCCUGCGGGAAGAGCUGCAGAGGCAGAAGGAGCUGCGGGCGCAGGAAGACCCUGGGGAGGCCCUGCACAGUGCCCUCUCAGACCGGGACGAGGCCGUGAACAAGGCCCUGGAGCUGUCCCUGGAGCUCAACCGCGUCUCGCUGGAGCGAGACUCCCUGUCCCGGGAGCUGCUGCGCGCCAUCCGCCAGAAGGUGGCGCUCACGCAGGAGCUGGAGGCCUGGCAGGACGACAUGCAGGUGGUGAUCGGGCAGCAGCUGCGCUCACAGCGCCAGAAGGAACUGAGCGCCGCCGCGUCGUCGUCGACCCCGCGCCGUGCUGCGCCGCGCUUCUCGCUGCGCCUGGGCCCCGGGCCCGGCGGUGGCUUUUUCAGCAACCUCUUCCGAAGGACCUGACGGCUGGGCCCAGGGGCUGCCCUUGCCCACUUAGGGGCUCACGUUCCUCUUCUGGCCAAUUAAGCGACAGGGCCUGGACUGUCUUCCAAAAGGAGCUGAUGCCCUCCCCACCCCAGGAUGCUGGGCAAGGGCUCAUCGGGAGCAGGGGCCAGCUUGUGGGGCAGGAGCCCCAGGUGGGUGGCAGGGGCAGGUGAACAGAGCUAUUUUCCGAAUCAAUAUAGGUCUAUCUUUUCUAGGGCAGGGAUGGGGCUGGGUAUUUAUGUAUCAAGAUGGGACAGAGUAAUAUAUAAAUCACUCCACCGAUUUGGCCUCCAUUCGUGGAAAGAAAGAGCACGGAAAAAAGCAUGAAACUUUAUUGUAAAAAAGAAAAUGAAAAACACUCUAAAACCCUG